AAUAUUUAAAGCAUCUGAAAAAAAUUCAUGAGCGCAACUGAUAAUAAGUGGAGAACUGCAGACUUUGAAGAAAACUACUCCAGGCAAAGUAAGGAGCAAGACCAAGCCAGCGAGGCUGCCUCCAGAAGAUCCGAGUUUGACAAUCUCUCUCAGACCGCCAUUAUUGAGGAGAACCGGGAGAAGAUCCGGAAGUUGCAGUUAAAAUCGGCUAAUUACAAGCAGAAAGAGAUUAAGCUCAAGAGAGAUAAGGACUAUCUCAAGAAGCAGUUGGAGAAGCUCGAGAGCACGGUUGAUAAACUCGAAGAACAUAGGUGCCAGGACGCAGAAAGCCUACUAGAACAGGAAGAGAGAUUAUCUGAGCUCAAAGGCAGGUACAGAGCAAGUGAAAACCCAAAUGAGAUUAAGAAGACCAAGGCUUCCAUUACUAAAUUCACCAAGGAAGAGAGCAAACUGCUCAAGGAAGCUAAAGGAAAGCUGGAAGUAACAUCUAAUAAUUAUUCUGAGCUAGCUCAACUUGUACCUGAAAUGUAUGAAAACUUAAGAAAGUUGAAAUUUUAUGGUGAUAAACAGAUGAAUGAGAUCUUGUUACGCCAGAUCAGCAUUUAUGUUGACCAGCUCCAGGAGAAAGCUAAGGAAUAUUCUAAGCAAAAGUUGACAAGUUUGGAUGAUAACAAAAAUCUCCGUAUAAAGCUCAAGCAGAAAUACGAUGAAUUUGAGCAGUUGAAGGAAGACACCUUGGAAGAUUACAAGCAAUUAUUCGAGUGUAAUAGGAAACUCAACCACUAUGAGACUGAUUUUAUUAUCGAUAAAGAGGGAAUUAACAAAACAACGAACUUGAGCCAAUCAUUAUCUCAGACAGACCACAGCACUACUACUUUCUUGGAGAACCGUGGUGUUGCAGGAGAACAGAACGAGGUUAAUAACAUCAAUCUUGACAUCUUGUCUCGUUUGAGGGACAGACUGCAGGAAACCGAGCAUAAGGAUGAUGAUAUUGUAAAGUUAAUUGAGAAGUUACCCAUGUAAAC